AUGACCGCGAAAAUGCACAACAGAUUAUUGGCGCCUGUAAUGCGGAGAAAUACUGGGUUGAAAAUUGGGGGGAAUUUAGAUGCUCAAGCGGGCGACUUGGACGUGCUUUUUCAACUGGCCUGCGAAGAAGGCGAUGCCGAAUCCCUGUCGGAAGUCGCCGCCGAAUUGCCCGAGAUUGGUGCUGCUUUAGACGCACUUGAAUUGCAGCACAUGUUGGGCAAUCGAGAAGAUCGCAACGACGCGAUUUUGACCAUUCAUCCGGGUGCUGGAGGGACCGAAGCGGCAGACUGGGCGCAAAUGUUGAUGCGUAUGUACAUGCGAUGGGCUGAGCGGCGUGGAUUUCACACCAAUGUCCUGGAUAUGCUUCCCGGCGAAACAGCCGGGAUUAAGAGUGCGACGAUUGAAGUGACGGGAGAUUACGCUUUUGGCUAUCUCAAGCCUGAAUCUGGCGUACAUAGGCUGGUGCGAAUUUCGCCUUAUGAUUCCAACAAUCGCCGCCACACAUCGUUUGCAUCCAUUUUUGUCUAUCCCGACGUCGAAGGCGAUAUCGAGAUAGAGAUUAAUCCCAAUGAUUUGAAAGUAGAUACCUAUCGCGCUGGAGGUGCUGGCGGACAACACGUGAACAAAACCGAUUCUGCGGUGCGCAUUACCCACGAGCCCACUGGGAUUGUGGUGCAAUGCCAGAACGAACGCUCUCAGCACAAAAAUCGCAAUACGGCCAUGAAAAUUCUCAAAGCGCGUUUGUAUCAACACAUGCGGGAAGAAGAAGACAAAAAACGCGCCGUACUCGAAAGCACAAAAAAACGCAUUGAAUGGGGCAGUCAAAUCCGCAAUUACGUUUUUCAGCCCUAUCAGAUGGUGAAAGACGCGCGAACGGGCUUUGAGACAUCGGAUGUUUCGGGGGUUAUGGACGGCGACCUCGAUCCGUUUAUCCGUGCAUUUUUAUUUUCGUCUCGAUCCGCGUGA